AUGUGCAGUUCACAGUCUCUCCACAUCGGCCUCCAGGAACAGCCCAGUCGAGACCAGGGAAGACCCAACAGCAGUAGCAGCAACAAACAAGCACAGGCUGUCAGCUCUUUCUUGGAAGUGAUGACGACUCCAACAUCCGAUGAGUGUCCUGAGAAUAUGACUAAUCCACCAGAUUUAAGUGCUACCCUGAAAACCCCUCUUAUGGAGGCUAUUAAACAAGUCAUAAGUGAAAAUAAAAGCAUUGGGGGUUUUAUGACUUCACUUCAGCAAUCUUAUGGAAGAAAAUCAGAAUUUGAGUGGUUAGCAGAAGAAACAUAUUCUACAGCAGAGGAAACAUUUGAAUUGAAAGAUACGGACCAGUGUCCUAGCUAUGGCACGACUAAAAGAGCCUCUAAAAUGGAAAUAGACAAUGAGGAAAAACCACUUAUAGCUUUAGACGGAGACUGGGAUAUUGAUAUUGAGAAAGUAAAAACGCCCGCACUUCCACCCACAGGUUUUCGAGCAGCCAUGUUAGAAGCCAAAAAGCUUGGCCAUACUGCUUUCACUUUCCCUAUUAUAGAUUUGGACUAUGGUGCUCUGCAAUGGGAGCCCCUAUCAUUAAAAUUAUUAAAGGAACUACAAACAGCAGUAAAGACUGUGGGUCCUUCUGCCCCUUUUACUUUAACAAUAAUGGACUCCAUAGCAAGCAAUUGGCUGACUCCUUAUGAUUGGUAUCAAACUGCAAAAUCUGUGUUUACCCCGGGACAGUACAUACUGUGGAGGACAGAAUAUGAGGAUCUAGUAAAAGGGGAAGUGCAGCGGCGAUUAUUCACCACUUCAGGCUUUAAGUCUACACUCUCCAUGUUAACUGGUCAGGAAGAUUACGCAGAUAUUAAAAAGCAGCUUAAGCUCCCAAAAGAGGCCUUGGAAACUAUUACUAAACUCGCAGUUACGGCCUGGAGAAAGUUACCACCAGGGGAAGGAAAGACUACUGUUUUAUCAGGAAUUAAGCAAUGGCCUGAGGAACUGAAGCAUAAGAUUCCAAACUACACCUGCAUGAGAGACAGCAGGUCUAUAACAAUACUUACAGGACCACUAGGAAUAACAUCUGACCAGAUUGGAACAUUGCUAGGGCUCCACAGAUUUCCACAGGUGAAGGUGGAAAAGACUCUUGAAGUUGAGGUGAAAGUAGAAAAGUUUUCUCCAUAUACUCUACAUCGCAAUCAACUGUCUUUAUCUGAAGAUAUGGUAGAGUGGGCCUUUGCAACUACAGGGACUCCUCACUCUGCCUAUAGUGAGAGUUGUGAUCCUAGAUACCGGAAAUCUCCUCAAGAGGGAAAGUCUGCCUGUUGCUUUGAUUGUACACCUUGUCCAGAAAAUGAGAUUGCUAAUGGGACAGAUAUGAAGCAAUGUGUGAAGUGUCCAGACCAGUAUGCCAACACACAGAAGACUCAGUGUUUCUUGAGAGCUGCAGAUUUCCUGGCUUUUGGAUAUCCCUUGGGCAUGGCUCUGGCCUGCAUGGCUCUUUGCUUCUCUAUACUAACUACUGCUGUUAUUGGGAUUGUAAAAUACCAAGACACUGUCAUUGGCAAGGCCAAUAACCGGGUUCUCAGUUACAUCUUGCUCAUCUCCCUCAUCUUCUGUUUCCUCUGUUCUUUGCUCUUUCUUGGUUGACCCAAAACUGCCACCUGCAUCCUACAGCAGAUCACACUUGGGGUUGUAUUCACUGUGGCUAUUUCCAUAGUGUUGGCCAAAACAGUGACUGUGGUUCUGGCCUUCAAGUCCAUUUCCCCAGGGAGAAGGGUGAGGUGGCUGCUGGUAUCAGUGGCUCCUAACUUCAACAUCCCCAUCUGCACCCUCAUCCAGGUGACCCUCUGUGGCCACUGGCUGGGAAUCUCUCCUCCCUUUGUGGACACAGAUGCGCACUCUGAACAUGGCCACAUCAUCAUCCUGUGCAACAAGGGCUCCCUCACUGCCUUCUACUGUCUUGGGUACCUGGGCUUUCUGGCCCUGUGCAGAUUCACUGUGGCUUUUUUGGUGAGGAACCUGCCUGACACCUUCAAUGAAGCCAAGUUCCUGACCUUCAGUAUGCUGGUGUUCUGCAGUGUGUGGCUCAUCUUUCUACCUGUCUACCACAGUACCAAUAGGAAAGUCAUGGUGGCAGUGGAGGUCUUCUCCAUCUUGGCCUCUGGUGCAGGGAUCUUAGGCUGCAAUUUUGCCCCAAAGUGUUAUAUCCUCUUGUUAAUGCCAAAUAGAAAUUCUCUUUAUGGCUUCAGGGAUGAAAGACAUAUUUGGAGAAAUCAGCAUACUUAA